UGAAUCUGGGAAACAAAGAUGAUCUGUCAGCCGCACAGUAAAUGUUCAGUUUUCAUUUUGGUGUCAGCAAGAAUAGACAUUUUAAGAAACAAGUAUGGCUCCGCCUUUUGUCAGCGUAACAGAUUUUGAAGAAGAGGCCCAUAAGAUCAUAGAUAAGAAGGCUCUAGAUUACUAUCGCAGUGGUGCCGGUGAGCAGUUUUCAUUGAACCUGAAUCGGGAAGCAUUUCGUAGGCUAAGAAUCCGACCCCGUUGCUUGAGAGAUGUAUCCAAUGUGGAUACCAACUGCACUGUCCUUGGUAAUCAGCUAAAAUGGCCUGUUGGCAUUGCUCCCACAGCUAUGCAGAAAAUGGCUCACAGCGAUGGAGAAGGUGGAAACGCUAAAGCCGCUGGUGAAAUGGGAAGCGUUUUCAUUUUGAGUACCCUUUCGACAAUGUCAAUAGAAGAGGUAGCACAGGUUGCUCCAGAUACCUGUAAAUGGUUUCAACUUUAUAUAUACAAAGAUCGCUCCCUAACUGAACAAAUUCUACGUCGAGUCGAGAAGGCCAACUUCAAAGCUUUGGUUCUCACUAUUGAUGCCCCUAUCUUUGGCCAACGCUGGGCUGACGUUAGAAACAAUUUUAGCCUGCCUUCACACUUGCGUUUGGCAAAUUUCGAUACACGUUCAUCCCAAUCGGAUGGUGUUCACAGCGAAGAGGGAACAUCGGGUAUCAAUGAAUAUGUUGCCAGCCAAUUCGAUGCCACACUUACCUGGAAAGACGUUGAAUGGCUAGUAAAGAGCACAUAUCUUCCCGUGAUUGUCAAGGGUGUGCUAACAGCGGAAGAUGCCGUUUUGGCACGGGAAUUUGGUUGUGCUGGUAUUAUAGUUUCAAAUCACGGGGCUCGACAACUUGACUAUGUACCGGCCAGUAUUGAGGCUCUACCCGAAGUUGUUAAAGCCGUAGGGGAUGACAUUGUUGUGAUGUUGGACGGCGGUAUACGUCAUGGCAAUGAUGUUUUUAAAGCAUUAGCAUUGGGUGCUAAAAUGGUAUUCGUUGGACGUCCAGCAAUAUGGGGACUUGGCUGCGGCGGAUCUGCCGGUGUAAGAGAAAUGUUGAAAGUGCUCAAGAAAGACUUUGAAAUAACAAUGUCCCUAACGGGAUGCCAAAAACUCAAAGACAUCCAAAGGAAUAUGGUAGUUCAUGAAUCCGAAUAUGCUAAAUUGUAAAUAAAAUGCUUGGGUAAUGAAUAAAAUGGCGAUUUUAUUUUAAAAUAUUUUAAAUAAUACGAACAACAUGAAUAAAAUUUAUCACGUAGUAAAAUCCAAUUAUCUUCCGAAUACAAUAACAA